CGGAAGAGAAUGCGGCAGUGGUGCAGCGGUGAGAUGGAGGAGAAUCUCACUUGACAGAGUUAUUAAUUUUCAAAGUUUAAUGAAAUGAUCAGAUUUAAUUACUGUCAAGAUGCCGCUGUUGACUCAGAAUAAGCGAAUAGAGCGCGUGAACUCAGUCGCAGAACUCUUCAGCAAAUACCCGUAUCUGAAGGAAAGUGCGAAGCAGUUUCUGUCCAGCAGUCCAGAGUCUGUGGACCCUAAACAGCUCCUGUAUGUCCAGCAGCGAGAGUUUGCGUCCACCACACCAGCGGACAAUUCUGUCUCUAUCCUGGGCUCCGAUGAUGCCACAACAUGCCAUUUAGUAGUGCUCCGACACACAGGCAGUGGAGCGACUUGCCUUGCACACUGUGAUGGUUCCAGCACAUGGACUGAAGUUCCUCUUAUAGUCAAUGCUGUGACCUCUAAAAGUAACCCUGUUAAAGAGGGCAGACUGGAGCUGCAUCUUGUCGGGGGUUUUGAUGAUGACAGAAAGACCUCUCACUCACUCAGCCUUAGUAUUCUGGCUGCCUUUCAAAAACAGAAGGAAGACAUUCACCUGGAGACGUGCUGCAUCACAGACAUGAAUGAUGUCAUCACAGAGGGGAUUCAUCGGCCCGUCGUGUAUGGGAUAGGUGUGAACGUUAAAACGGGUCACGUGUUUCCAGCCUCGUUUGAAUGUCGAGGUCCGGCGGAGGAGCUCCGAUCUGCACGCACCUUCUCUGGUGGACAGAUGGUUGAAGUGUAUGAUUCCAGCAGAGAGCUUGUAAAAAUUGGCCCGUGCAGAUGGACGCCAAACAAUGACAUGGGCUUCUGGCUGUCUCAAGAUGAUGAAACCAUCCUACAGUUUUUGUCCACGUCCCCGUACGCAGAACCUCCUCACUUUGUCCAGCACAUCAAAUCCACCAUCCAGUUCCUGCUGGAUCAUCCGAGUGCAGACGGGCUGUUUCCGGGCGGACAGCCGCAGCUCUUCCGCCGCUCUGAAGAGGGCCACUGGAAGAAAGUCUGAAACGCUGACCUCUGUGACCCACUGAAAGCCAACCAAAGGCCUUUGAACAUCUGCUGGUUAAAGUAGAAGCUCCUUUACUCUGAUCUGAAGCCUGCUGUGAAGACGAUUUCUAUGCAGAGUGAAAUAUCUGAUGAUGGUUUUACUCAUGUGUUUCAUUGAUAAACUUUUCAAAGACUGCACUUGCCAGCCCUUACAUAGAAACAAGAGCCUAUUAACUCUUUUGUUUCUAUUUUGUUUCUUGUAUGUCAAUGCAAAUGUGUACAUGCAUCAUAAGACGUGUCUUUUAUUUUAAACUAAUAUGAUGAUGUGUUGUUUUCUUCCUAUCAUCCAGCUGGAUCUCAUUUGCUCUUUAUGAAUUCAUUUGAGAAACUGAAAAUACAGUAUGUUUGUGUCCUUUGAGGAGAAAUAAGAGCAUUAAAAUUCCGUUACCAGAGGAAA